UCCCUGUCCGCCCUUAUAUAUCCGGGGGGACAGGGUUACAUGAAAAGUCCUAGCCGAGUACAGUUAGAGUCCUACUACUACACAAUCCUAUGCCUAUUCGGGUAGUUACAAGGGAGAUAAGAUACAUCUAUGAGCUAUCCCUUACUCUAAAACAUUCUAUGUCUGUAAGUAGUUCCGUUGCCCCGGGUCUAACACGUUCCGCGCUAGCAGUUCCGUAUUUAUUAUUACGCGGACGUGGCUGCCAUAUAGUUAGGCACUAAGUCAGUCAACGGUGGACUAAUCAAAUACAUGUCCGAUCCUUGGGCUCGGUCAGGGCUCGUCCUCAAGUCGAUCGAACUACAUAUUGGGUAGUCAGAACAUUGUCUCCGGUUGAAACCAGCUAAUAUUUAUAGUUCAGUUUGGUCAUGGUUUAAAAAGACCGAUACAUUGGUUUAAUUUGGUUCGGUUUUCGAAAUAUGCAAUUCGGUGUAGUAAGGUUUAAUUGGUGAGUAAAAUAAAAAAGAUAAUUUGGUGUAGGUAUGGUGUGGUUCUCAGAUCAUUAGCAGCAGGUUGAGGCAAGCAGCGACUCGGCCUGUGCUGCCACUGCUUCCCUCUCUACUUGAUUUAUUAUUACGCGGACGACGGGACCUAUCGCUGCGACAUCGUUAGGCACUCAAAGUCAGUCAACGGCGGACUAAUCAAAUACGUGUCCCAUCCUUAAUUAGGCUGGGUCAGAGUUCGUCCUCAAAGUCGAAGCAUCCUACCGUGUCGCUCCCCGGAUCUCGCGUUUUCUUCUAGACUUGCGAGAGGAUGCUUUAAUUUUGCUCUCUGAUGGAAGGUUACCUGGUCUUAGCACUUAGCAGAGCGUGUUCUUCUUUCCCAGGCAUUGCUUGCUAGCUUGGUUGUCCUGAGCGAGAUCGAGCUGUUGGAUCUUCCGGUGAUCCGGCAGGGUUUCCGGUGAUCAGGCUAGGAGAUGGACACCUCCAGAGCGUUCCUAGGGAAGAUGAUGGGCACUAGCACUGGCACUGGCACGGGCGUUCACUCGCCAAGAUCAGAUGGUUUCGGCGAGUUGGAGGCCAUGCUACAAGACCCGUGCGCCGUGCCGAUGCGCCUGCCGAUGGAUUUCCUGGAGAGCAUCACUGACAAUUUCUCCGAGGGUCGGCAGCUAGGAAGGGGUGGCUAUGGAGUCGUCUACAAGGGCGUUCUUGGAAACGGGAAGGCCAUUGCUGUGAAGAAGCUUUUCGACAUGCACCUGGAAGACGAUCAGUUCCAGAAAGAAGUUACCAAUAUGAUUGGGCUGAGGCACCAAAACAUAGUGCAACUUGUAGGCUACUGCGCCGAAUCGCACUAUGUUCCGGUGCCUCACCCUAAUCAGAAAGUAGGCGACAGGUACGUCAUGGCUGAAGUGCGGAACAGAUUGCUUUGCUUCGAGUGUAUCAACAACAAGAGCCUUGUCCAGCACCUCUCAGCUGAAUCUUGUGGACUCGAGUGGCACGUGAGACAUGAGAUAAUUAAGGGAAUUUGCCGUGGUUUGCAUUACCUUCACACUGAUUGCAAUAUGGUUCAUAUGGACCUUAAACCCGAGAAUAUACUGCUGGAUGACAAAAUGGUGCCAAAGAUCUCAGAUUUUGGCAUGUCAAGACUCUUUGACCAGCAACAAUCUCGGAUUGUCACUCAAAGUCGCGGGGGAACACCUGGCUACAUGGCACCGGAAUACAUAACGAAUGGGACGAUAUCAGCUAAGGCAGAUAUAUUCAGUCUGGGUGUUAUAAUUAUGGAGCUAAUGACGGGAAGCAGAGACUAUCCAUGGGGCAGUGAAGCAGCUUCCAGGAACUUCAUCGAGACCGUGACUGGGAACUGGAGGUGCCAGCUGGAGAAGGCAGAACAGUCGUACACCCCCCUGGACGUGUUCAUCCAACAGGUUAACAGAUGCAUUUCAACAGGACUGAGGUGUGUCGACCCUGACCCGAAGAAAAGACCUACCACAUGGGAUGUGAUCCGGAUGCUUGAUGCAGUGGAGAGUACGGAGGCUUGUUCCAGCACGAGCAGAGCUCCACCAUUAUGUGGCCGUGCACCGGCGCCGCCUCCCGCUGCCACCACCGUGCCCACCGCCGCGCACACCAUGCUGUCCAUGGCCACCGGCGGCAAACUAGUCGUCAUUGUAGCCAUGGCAACAUAUAUAUAUCUAGGGUUGCUACCAGUGCUUUUUUUGUGAAGAAACAGGAGGGGUACGAUCCCCUACUAAUUAUAUAUUAAGAAUAAAAAAUGCAAAAGGGUUGCCGUGUACAAAUAAGAGUAAACAAAAGAAAGAAAAGGGGGAAGAAAACUACUCCAAAGGAUUCGAAUGCACCGAAUCAAGCAAGGCUUC